GAUCCAAGAUUUCCUCUCCGAUGGCGCAGGCCGACGGCAAUCUUGCCGCUCCGCUCGUUCUCUGCGAUGAGGUAAGCCAGGAAUCACCCGGGGAUCGAAGCUCCGAGGCGAAUCGGUCGUCUUCUCCCGGUGAUUAUCGGCAGAGGUUCCCCAAUUCCGAUGAGGAGAUACAGCAAUUCAAGGCGAGCUUGUUCUGGCUGGGACUGGAUCAAUCCACGGCGCCGCGGAUGAUCUGCUCCUGGGUUCUCUUCUUCCUCAUGACACUGCUCGUGCCGCUGCUCAAUGCGCUUCUGGUGGAUUGCCGCCACUGUGACGAAGACCACAAGCAUCCGUAUCAGGGAAUAGUGGAGAUUUCGGAAUCAGCGCUCGCGAUGGUCUCGUUCCUUUGCGUGUCUCACAUCUUCUCGGUUUAUGGGCUUCACAAGCUUCUUCUCUUCGACUAUAUCGCGAGAGACUCCACCGAAGUACAAGUGGGCUACAAAAAAGAGCUCCAUAGCGCCUUUCGUGUUCUAGCAAUGAUCCUCUUCCCGAGUUUUCUAGUGGCACUCGUCCACAAACUUUGGUGGUUUUAUUACGUGUCGGUGAACCUUCCACGGGUCUCCGAGAGCUCGCUGAUAAAUGCGGUAAUGUGCGUAUCAGUGAUGGCAGCAUGGCUCUACAAGACAACGAUCUUUCUUUUCGUCUGCGUCCUGUUCCGGUUACUAUGCUCGCUCCAGAUCCUUCGCCUCCAGAGCUACAACAAGCUUCUUGAGGAGACGCCGGAUGUCUCCGUUAUUCUUUCGGAACACAUGAGAAUUCGAGACCAGCUCCUUAUAAUCAGCCAUCGGUUCCGGGUUUUCAUGGUAUCCUCUUUACUGACCAUCACUUUCAGCCAAUUCGUUUCGCUAUUUAUGCUCACCACCUCUCGCGGUUCUGUUAAUUUCUUCAGAGCUGGCGACUUAGCGGUUUGCUCAGCAGUACAGCUUACUGGAUUUGUUGUCUGCCUGAAUGGAGCCGCAAGGAUAACUCACAGAGCUCAGAGGAUAGUUGCUAUAGUCAGUCAGUGGCACGCAGUAGCAACUUGCGGAACGUACGCAGUGGCCAUGCCUUCGUGCGACGCGGACAAGGCCACCGAGCCAGUUGCGAGUGCAGUGGUCGGGCCUGCGCAUCCCUUUCUCGCGCGCCUGGAGGCAACGAUAGAUAUAUGUUCUACGCCCAAGGAACCAUCAAAGUAUGAUAUUGACUCGUUCCAGAAGCGUCAGGCACUAGUAACGUACCUCCAACAUUGCAAUGCGGGAAUCUCUCUUUAUGGAUUCGUUCUGGAUCGAGGAUUCCUGUAUGCGAUAUUUGGAUUCGAGCUGUCACUCGUACUGUUCAUACUAGGCAACACGAUGGGGUUCCACUAAAGCGACCCAUGUACAGUCGUAUAUACCAUAAUCUUCCUGACAAAAGCUCAGGAGGUACGCAGAGAGAGUGAAUACUUCACAGUUUUAUUGACUUUGGUACAGGAUUCGUCUAGAAGCUGUAGUUCUCGAAACGCAAGUAGCAAUCAUCAGUGCAGAGGCGAGCACCCACAGCCUGAGGAACGGCGUUUUUUAUGGUGUUUCUGGCCUCAACGAGACAGUUACCGCAGUUGCCAUAGCACUCUGCACGACCGUAAGCGAUGUAUGGAGCGUCUCCAACGCUGGUGUAGAUGAAAGAGUCGCUGCGCGUGUCUUUGAGGAUGUCGAGGAGGCGAUUUUGAUUGGUGGCGUAUGGGGUGGAGAAGUCGAUCUCUCCGCUGUAGUAGACAACGUUCCUGUCCUCGGUGCAGUGACUCAGCUCUUGGCCUGCAACCAUGGAAACCAGCAGAGCAAGAGCCAACAGACAAGCCAGCGAUGUCGAAGAAGCCAUCGAGAACAAGAGAUGAGCUAAGGACCAACUUGGAUGAAACAAUAUCCUUCAAUGGUUUCGGCAGGGCCUUGAGGCCCCUAUUUGUACUCGAGGAACUUCUUGCGUGGUGGCUGAUUCGCUUACGGCACAACUUUGGAGAAGAUUUCUUAGGCACGCGCUGGCGUAGAUGACGUUGGGAGGAGAUCAACAGUGUCUCCUUGACCAGGUUGGUUUGAAGACCGGAUCUAAUUUUGCUAUUAUUUGGAGUUGAAUCACGAGGUUGUUCUAUACUUUCAUUGAAUGUUGGGAUUAACUUCUUACAUUGCAGGCUUUCGUUUAGAAACUGGAAACAAGAUGCAGCGUCGGACUUCUAUCACGUCCCAGUCAGUGGAAGCUGAACAAUACACAGGCAUGUCCGACGAUCAUAUCCUACCCAUGCGAGCUCUCGAGGCUUGCGACUAGUUGAAAAAGCUGUAAUUCUCGAUGCGCAAGUAGCAGGCAUCAGUGCAGAGGCUAGCACCCACGGCCCGUGGAGAUGUGUUCUUGAUGGUGUUCCUGGCCUCAACGAGACAAUUACCGCAGUCGCCAUAGCACUCGGCAAAACCGUAAGCAACGUAUGGAGCGUCUCCAACGCUGGUGUAGUUGGAAGAGUCGCUGCCCGUGUCUUUGAGGAUGUCGAGGAGACGAUUCUGAUUGGUGGCGUAUGGGGUGGAGAAGUCGAUCUCCUCGCUCGAGAAGACACCGUCCCUCUCCUCCCUGCAGUGGCUCAGCUGCUGGGUGGCAGCCAUGGAAACCAGAGACGCAACAGCGAGCACACAGGCCAACGAAGUUGAAGAAGACAUCCUGGGAGCUGAGAUGAAAAAAAGCUUCAAACUGGAAUCGAAGAAAAUGGAGGAGACUUCUUGCAUGGUAUGCGGUAAGCUUCGCGUGACUGUGAGGAACUAAAGAAUCUCAAAAUGGUUUGCUGGUGAUGUUAUAUUUUCACUCUCAAUAGAAAUAGGAGCAAUAGUUUGAAGAUUUGCAA